AUGGACGUGCUGCUCCGUACACUUGCACGCCGCAACACGUCCCCGCCUCCCCGCGACGGCGGCGGCGGACGCGGCCGCAACCGCACACGAAGAGAUGAUGGUGGCGGUCACAGCAGGCAAUUCGAGCUUAUUCUGGAGAUGCUUGCGAAGGGUCUCGUCGAGUAUGCCGUGCGCAAGUACAUGCCCGGCCAGGGCGGCGAGCGGGACAGGGGCGGCCAUGAUGAUCGGGUGAGGGCCAGGGGAAGGGACGACGAGGAGAGGCACCGGGGCGGUGUUCCGAACAUGGACGCCGACGUGCUGGAGACUAUCGGGAAGAGCAUUCUAGCCAAAGCUAUGGAGAAGUUUGGCGGUGGAGCGGAGGAGGAGAGAGCGGGCGAGAGGAGUGGCGGUGGUGGUGGUGGUAUUUGGAUCGACAUGAGAACUCGCGAGCACUCUCUCGCGAUAAUCAGGGAGAUGGAGAGAGCGGCGGUCAGCGGAGACGGGGGCAGAGCGAGCACGGUCGGAGGGGCUCACCGGAGCGGGAGCCGAGACAUCGUGACGAGCAGCAGCAACAGCGGCGGCAUCGUCGACAAGGCCAUGGCUGGACGGAUUACGGUCCGUUGA